CCCGCUGUUGUUUUCCAGGAAACGAUCAGAGUCAAUGUUAUGAUGUUGAAAACCAAUGGAGAAUUUCACAAAGGACAGGUUUUUUUUAAUAUCACCUAUGUUAACGGACAGGUAUAUCUAAAUGAUUUUCCUAUGAAAAGUGGAGUUGCACACAUAACAUGUCAGACAGUAAUAUUGGAGAAUGGAAACUUGGAUAACUUACCAGAUCAGCAGCGCCUGGGAACCGUCAGCGUUCGCAUCAUGGUUCACGAGUGGCCUUUGGCAUCCAGUUCUAAUUUGCAGCUGAUUGUCAUUCAGGAAGAAGUGACAGAGAUUGAUGGAAAACAGAAAAAAAAGGAAGAAGUAACAGAAAUAGAUAUUUUAGUGAAGGACUUGAGAGUACUUAGACAUUCAAACUACACUCUCCCUUUGAAAGAGAGCAUGCUGUAUUCCAUCCCAAGGGACAACGACAUGUUAUUUACACUUCCCAACCUCUCAGGAAAAGAUAUUCAAGAUCCACUGCAAACUACGAGUCAGUACCUCAUCCGGCAAGCAGAAACAACAGUAGAUGAAGAGACAUUACCUGGCAAGUUACCAGAGACCCCUCUUAGGACAGAACCUCCAUCUUCUUACAAGGUGAUGUGCCAGUGGGUGGAAGACUUGAGAAAAGGGUUGUGCAGAUUCUGGUUUCGAUCUUUACCCAUCUUCUUUAGUUUGAUGGAAGUCAUUGUAGUUGGAGUUGUUGGAGCAGCUCUUAUUCUCAAAGUCUUAAAGGUGAUUUUCCCUUCCUGUGAAAACAAAGGCAUCCUUCUCCUGGAUGAAGUCAGCUUUGUACCUGUGCUUACCAUCAGCUUGCCUUCAGAUCUUCCAGACAGAAAAAAUCAUUUAGAUGAGAAAACAUGUACUUAAUACUGUGUUUACCUUGGAGUUACUGUUUUUUUUUAAAAAAAUAUUUUAGUUCACCUGAAAUUUGGCACUUGAUCUUAAUACCUUGUUUGUUUCCUACUAAGAAGACUAAGUCGGUUGAUUAAUUGGUAAAGGGACACUCAGGUUGAGGCCCA